ACUAUCCCCACCCCUCCCUCACUUUUUUCUUAAUACCCUACGUCGCCCUCGAAAUUUUCCUUCGUCCUCUUCUUCUUCUCUCUUAUCUGGUCCUUCACUUCGUAACUUUUCCUUUUCUCAAUCCUCAAUUGAUCUACAUCUCCAAAAAUGGCCACCGACGGCAGCGACCCCAUCCCUCCUCACCAGACCUUCGACACCAUCCUGGUGCUCGACUUCGGGUCGCAAUACACUCAUCUGAUUACCCGCCGUCUCCGUGAGCUCAAUGUCUACUCUGAGAUGCUACCAUGCACACAGAAGAUCGCCGACUUGACCUGGAAGCCCAAGGGUGUUAUCCUUUCCGGUGGCCCGUACUCCGUGUACUGGGACGGAGCACCUCACGUUGAUCCCGCCGUUUUCGAACUCAACGUCCCUAUCCUCGGUAUCUGUUAUGGACUCCAGGAGAUCGCCUGGAAACUCGACAACAAGGGUGUUGUUGCUGGCGAGAAGAGGGAGUACGGUCACGCAUACCUCAAGGUCGACCGACAUGGAGAUGGAGAGGCUGGUGGCCAUGUGGACAAGCUCUUCCAGGGCCUCGAGGACAACAUGGAGGUAUGGAUGAGCCACGGUGAUAAGCUCAGUUCCAUUCCCAAGGGCUUCAUCACAGUUGCGACCACCAGCAAUGCGCCAUUCGCUGGUAUCGCACACACGGAGAAGAAGAUGUAUGGAAUUCAGUUCCAUCCUGAGGUUACACACACUCCCAAGGGCAAGGUCAUCCUCAAGAACUUUGCCGUCGAUAUUUGCGAGGCGAAGACAAACUGGACCAUGAGCCAAUUCGUCGACCAAGAGAUCGCUCGCAUCAGGGCUUUGGUCGGAGAGACCGGACAGGUCAUUGGUGCUGUUAGCGGUGGAGUUGAUUCCACUGUUGCGGCCAAAUUGAUGAAGGAGGCCAUUGGUGACAGGUUCCACGCUGUGCUUGUUGACAAUGGCGUCUUGCGACUCAACGAGGCCAAGCAGGUCAAGGAGACUUUGACUGCCGGUCUUGGAAUCAACCUGACCGUUGUUGAUGCAUCUGAGCUCUUCCUUGGAAGGCUCAAGGGCAUCACUGAUGACCCUGAGAAGAAGAGGAAGGUCAUUGGCAACACCUUCAUCGAAGUCUUCCAGGCGGAAGCCAAGAAGAUUGCCGAUGCAGCUCACGGCUCAGCGAAUGAGGGCGAAGUCGAGUGGCUGCUUCAGGGCACCCUCUACCCCGAUGUCAUCGAGUCUAUCUCUUUCAAGGGCCCCUCUGCCACCAUCAAGACCCACCACAACGUCGGAGGACUCCCUGCCUCUAUGAAGCUCAAGCUCAUCGAGCCCCUUCGAGAGCUCUUCAAGGACGAAGUCCGUGAGCUCGGUACCAACCUGGGCAUACCCGAGGAUCUUGUCUGGCGCCACCCCUUCCCUGGCCCAGGUAUCGCCAUCCGUAUCCUUGGCGAGGUCACCGCCGAGCAAGUCCGAAUCGCAAGGGAGGCAGACAAUAUUUUCAUUCAGGAGAUCAAGGAUGCCGGUCUUUACCGCAAGAUCAGCCAGGCUUUCGCUGCUUUGCUGCCUGUUAAGGCUGUCGGAGUUAUGGGCGACAAGCGUGUCCAUGACCAAGUCAUUGCGCUCCGUGCCGUCGAGACUUCCGAUUUCAUGACUGCGGAUUGGUUCCCCUUUGACGGCGAGUUCUUGAAGAGGGUUAGCAGGAGGAUCGUAAACGAGGUUGACGGUGUCUGCCGUGUCGUCUACGACAUCACCAGCAAGCCUCCAGGUACCAUUGAGAUGGAGUAAAUCAUGGAGAAGAAGAACAGGAACCACCCUCAAUAGAGGCAAGGCUUUGCGCUACAACGAGUAGGGGACGCGAUCGGGGCCUAGCUGGGGUAAUACACCUAUCUGAAAGCAGAUGAUUAGACGAUUUAGACACACAUAUUUUUCCUUUUCGAACGAUUAUUGAUAUGAGAUACCCUCCACAUAUACCAACAACAAACACUGUUG